CAUUGGGCGAUUCAAAGGCGGCAAACAGCCAAUCCUGCGCAACGUUACUAGAAUGCCCGCCGUGGUUUUGACAGAUUGAGCCUGAGCAGUUAGCGGGUGCUCUCCAGGCCUGUGGACACAGGGAUGCUGUGUGUUCCUCUCCCUGCCAGAGAUGGACAGCAGUCCCGCGCUCUACAUGUGCUUCCGCUGCUACCAGCUCUUCGACUCCCUGGACGACGUGCUCUUCCACCAGUACGACCUUCACCCCAACGAUCUGGGGGACGAGGGGUCCCUGACUUUGGCCCCCGGCCCGCAGACCGAGUCAGAUGAGCUCUUCCAGUGCGUCCCGUGUUGGGUGCUCUUCUCAUCGCAGGAAGAGCUGACCCAGCACCGCCGGAGCAGCGGCUGCAGCCAGCACGAACCCAGCCCGGACGGGACCGCCGCAACCCAACCCGCCUCGGGCCCGACCCAGCAGAGCCCCGCCGCGGCUGAGCAGGACCGCUGGAGGACCCCGCGCGCCCCCUCCGGCCCAGAGCAGCCCGCGCAGACGGGCCUGGGCACGGGCGGGCCCGGCUCUGCCAGCCUGAUCCAGUUCCAGUGCGGGGACUGCGGGCGUCUGUUCGAGUCGCUCGGCCCCUGGCUGCAGCACCGCAAGCUGAACGAGUGUCGCGCGACUGCGGCGCCGGAACCGGCCGGAGAAGUGCCCAAUGAGAACCGGGGGGCGGGGCCGACGGAGGGCGGGGUCACGGAAGCCCCGCCCCCGGACGCAGAGGCCGAGAAAGAGCCGACGGACUCCCGCGGUGCCCAGGAGGGCGGGGCCGGGGACGGGGAGGAAAACGGGGGGGACAGGCCACGCGCGGCGGGCGGGAGGAGGAGGAAGAGCGCCACGCCCGCCGCCGCCGCCGCCACGCCCUGCCGGAGCUUCCUGUGCGGCGAGUGCGGCGCCGGCUUCAACUGGCAGCCGGCGCUGGUGGCGCACCGCAGGACCGAGCACAGCCUGGAGGGGGCGCUGCACCACUGCCUGGAGUGCGGCGAGAGCUUCAUGAACACCGCGCUCUUCGUCCAGCACUGCAAGAAGCACCGGGACUGGCUGGCCCGGAAGCCCAGGGCCAAGAGGAAGAGGAGUCUGCAGCAGAGAGUGGAGAAUGGAGGACGGGAGAAGGAGAUAAUCAGAAAAAGGCCCACGAAGAGGAGGCUGAAGGAGAAGGCUCCCACGUCCGCCCUCGAACCCGGGUCCGAGGCCGCCGCCGCCGCCGCCGCCGCCGCCGCCGACCGCCUCCCCCCGGCGCGGAAGCCCAGGAGGAGGCGGGGCGCGCCCCUGGAGUGCCCCCAGUGCCGGCGGACCUUCAGCAACCCGCGCUACCUCCGCGCCCACGUCCUGGGCCACUCGGGCCAGAAGCAGUUCCGCUGCGAGACGUGCGACAAGCGCUUCACCUACCAGAACAACCUGCGGCGGCACCGGCUGCUGCACACGGGCGACCGGCCCUACAUGUGCGACCGCUGCGGCAAGACCUUCACGCAGUCCAGCCACCUGAAGGACCACCUGCGCAACCACGAGCGCGGCCUCGGCUGGGCCCGGCCGCGCGGGCGCGGCGCGCGGGACCACGAGUGGGCCGACGUGGGGCCCAAGCUGCCCCACCCCUGCCCCGACUGCCCGCGCAGCUUCAUGGCGCGCGCCCAGCUGCUCAUGCACAGGAAGAUGUGCCCCAUCUGCGAACGCUCCUUCAAGUGGCGGGGCUCCCUCCCCGCCCACAUCGUCCGGCACACGGACAGCAAGCUGUUCAGCUGCGACGUGUGCGGGAAGACCUUCUCCUACCAGACCAACCUGGCCCGCCACCUCAUCAUCCACACCGGCACGCGGCCCUACGCCUGCCGCCACUGCGGCAAGACCUUCAACCAGUCCAGCAACCUGCGGCAGCACCUGCUGGUGCACGCCAAGGCCGGCGCCCGCCGCCGGGCCGCCGACGGGGACGACGGGGCCGAGGCGGGGGCCGAGGGCGGCGAGCCGGAGGCCCAGCUGCUCCACGCCUGCCCCGACUGCCCCGUCAGCUUCAAGACCUUCGCCCAGCUGCAGAAACACAGGCUCGGUCACGCUGGUCAGGACUCCUUCCUCUGCUCUGUCUGUGGGCUGGAGCCCUGCAGCUGCCAGCAGCCAGGCGACCAGUGUUCCGCCUCACAGCCAGACGCGGAGGCGGAGUCUCUGUCGUGCCCGAGGUGCUCCGCCGCGUUCGACAGCCAGGCGGCGCUGGAGGGCCACGCCCCGGGCUGCGCGGGGGACGCGGGCGGGCGGGGCCCGGGGGGGCAGGCGGAGUGCGAGCUGUGCGGCCGCUGCUGCGCCUCCCCGGAGGAGCUGGAGCUCCACCAGCUCUCCCACGUGGGCCAGGCCCAGCGCCAGUGCCCGCUGGCCCCCUGCCAGCGCCGCUUCGCCACCAGCGCCGCCCUGCAGAACCACCUCUUCUCGCACUUCCCCGGGCCCACCUGCCAGAACCCGCGGCCCGAGGGCCUCCUGGACCCCACCGCUCCCCCCCACCAGGAGGAGACCGAGGUGGAGACCACGGUGGCAGAAAUGCCCUCUGCUUCAGCCUGA